GGUAUGUACCUACCUACCGGUACCAUAUACCAUAUGUACAUGUAUGUAGGUUGAUAUUGUAUACUUCAAGUUCUACAUAUAUACCUUGGCACAUAUCAAGUUACUUACAAGUGACAUAUUGCUUGCCGAAAAUUAUCAACUCAACCGCGCAGGCAAAGGUGGCAAUUCGUGGAUCGUAUAAUCAUAUCCAUACUAUCGGACUAUUCAGGUCUUGUCUCAAAUUACAGGCCUUGAUAUAAAAUCUACAUUUGCCUCUUUCAGCUUCUUCUCGCAUUUGAUAAACCUUGAAUGGUUUAGUUCCGUACCCUCCAACAAGCCGCUAGGGUAACAAAUUUUCGAGAUCUCGCCUUCCACCCCCUGUUAGUGCCACAUUUUGUCGUGAUUAGAUAUUCAAUAUCAUAUCAAUUCAACAUGGGUUUGCCCUUUCAGUGCCUUAGUCGGCUGGGGGGGAACACGCUAUUCUGCGCCGCGAGGGGAUGCAGCAUUCAGACAUACGAUCUCGGCGUGAGCUCUCACUCCUUGUUUUCAUGGACUCACCCGUCCUUAAAACAAGCUGUAAAUGUCGACGAGACCGAAGAUGCGCAUGACGGUUCAGAGGAUGGAACACGGACGGGGCAGCAGCCGCCGUCAAAACGGCGCAAGUUAGCUUGUGACGAUGUUGAGUUGAACGGCGCCGCAGAGACUGGCCAGGGAAAGCCAGAUGCGCCAACAAGUGGGAGCAAGAGUCAGAAGAAAGGCAGAACAAACCGGCAGCCGCCAACGCCAGAUAUGCCCUUCGUAGUUCUUCUGACGGCAACCGAAGAUGGGAGCCAUGUGAUAGCAGUGACGGGGCAAGACAAGACGCUUUGGGUUUUCGAGCAUGACGGCAAAGGGUCACUUAAAGAAAUCAGUCAACGAGCUAUGCCUAAGCGUCCGUGUUCUCUCACUCUCACCGCUGAUGGACAGACAAUCCUCAGCGCUGAUAAAUUUGGUGACGUCUACGCAUUGCCUCUGAUCGCACAAUCAGAAGAAGUUAUUUCCGCCUCAACACCAGCACCGGUUACCCCUGAACCGUUGCGUGGGGCAAAUGUCUUGACGGUGCAUUCACAGCGCAAUCGACGAGCGCUCGAGGACCAGCAGCGCCAACGUGAGGCCAACGCAAAGCGAGAUCUCCCCAAGGACGGUCCUCAAUUUGCGCAUGAGGUUCUGCUCGGCCACGUGUCGCUGCUAACGUGUGUCCUGACCGCAAAAGACGCACAAGGCAGACCAUACGUUAUCACGGCCGACCGCGACGAGCACAUCCGUGUUUCCCGCGGCAUUCCCCAGUCUCACAUCAUCGAGACGUAUUGUCUAGGGCACGGGUCCUUCGUCGCAGCGCUCUGUAACCCCCGCUCUCGGCCUGGCGUUUUGAUAUCUGGGGGCGGGGAUAACUCGCUCUUCGUGUGGGACUGGCUGGCGGGGAAGUUGCUAGGCACUGUUGAUUUGUUGGCCCACGUUCGCGAAGUCCUGCCAGAUGCAACCAAGAUCGCAGUCACGAAACUGAUAUCGUACGUCAUGGGAGAUGAAUGCUUUGUAGCAGCUAUAUGUGAACGGACUCCAGCGAUCUUCGUCUAUGAGCUUCAAGCCGACAAUUCCGUCUUACAUAGACUCACGCUCACAGUGCACGGAAAUCCUCUAGAUAUCAUGACCAUUGGCUCAACGGAGCUGUCUCUGCUAGUAGCAACAGAUGUACCAGACGGUGACGGACAAAUAUCAGUGUUCGAGCGUGACGGAACGGCCUGGGUACCUCGGCAACAUAUCCAUGACACUACCAACUCGUCAAACAAACAGCCGCCUCUCUCCUGUGAUGAUUUAGACAAGUUGAUAUACACAGUUGAGAAUCUGCGCAAAACGGGUAAUGACGAAGGUGGGUAUGAAGGCACCUCAGAGAUGCCUGAGCAAAGCUCAGAAACAAGGGAAUAAGCUAGUCAACAAGUCUAAGACUGAUUGGUUCUAUUACAAUUACGAUAGAAGGGUCAUGUAUGCCUGACGAACAUCUCACUGUUCAUAAUAAUUGUGUCUUUGUAUUAGCGUUGAAGAAAGAGUCGUACAUGAACCAGCUAGAACCAGAGGUAUAUUGGCGCAUCAUCUAGGUAGUAAGCUAGCCGUCAUGACUUCUAUUGCGAUGUUAUGACUAAGCGUCUAUAUUCCUCGAUAUUGCAAGUCAACCAACGAUGCCUUUCGUAAAAGUGCUAUGAAGAUGACAGGGAUUUCGGUGGCCAAUAAUUUGCCCAUAUGUAGUUACAUGGCUUGCAUGUACAUAUAACCACCGGAAAUAUGUAGAUAAAUAUGGCAGGGUGCCAUCAUGGCACUUAUUGAACCACUUAACUGGGCCUGUUUUCAAUCAUCUUUGAGCAACUUCAGUUUCAGAAUGCAAAUGUCAAUUAAACAACGGCAGUUGUCCCUAUCCCUCUAUGUCCUAUCUGAACGCCUGCUUCACAACGCAACACGACACAAAAGGAAUAUGCUCAGAAGAUGAGCGCGGUCGCCACAGAAUCAUAUCAUAUAAGCUCUUAGGCAGAGAUAUAAUCUGUAUACCCCUUGUCGCUUUU